AUGGCAGCAAACGUGUCAUCUCUAUUCUCUCUGAGCGGACGCACCGCCCUCAUCACCGGCGGCACGCGUGGCAUUGGCCAGGCCAUGGCCUUUGCCCUGGCCGAGGCCGGUGCCGAUAUCAUUCUCGUACAGAGAGAUGAAUCCAACACCGCUACCAAGGACGAAAUUGAAAGCCGCAUUGGUCGCAAGGUGUAUAUUCACGUUGCGGAGCUGUCCGAUCGCAAAGCUGUCAAGAACAUUGUCCCUUCAGUGACUAGCCAAGGACUCAAGCCUGACAUUCUCUUGAAUUGCGCCGGUAUCCAACGGCGACACCCGAGUCACCAGUUCCCUGAUGAGGACUGGGAUGAGGUCAUCGAGGUGAACCUCUCGUCAGUCUUCGUGCUCUGCCGUGAAUUCGGCGCCUAUUUGCUGUCUCGUGACGAAUCCGAGUUCCCCUCCGGCCGUCGCGGUAACAUUAUCAACGUCGCCUCGCUCCUCACUUUCCAGGGUGGUAUCACUGUCCCCGCCUAUGCAGCCUCCAAGGGCGGCAUCGGCCAGCUGACCAAGGCGCUCUCUAACGAGUGGGUGUCCAAGGGCAUCAAUGUCAACGCGAUUGCUCCCGGCUACAUUGAUACCGACAUGAAUGUUGCGCUGAUCAACGAUUCCAACCGCAAUGCCGGCAUCAUGGCUCGGAUCCCAGCCGGCCGAUGGGGCAAGCCGGAGGAUUUCAAGGGCGUGGUCGUCUUUCUGGCCAGCGGAUCCAGUAGCUACGUCUCGGGAGAACUCAUUACCGUGGACGGUGGCUGGAUGGGCCGGUAA